GGGAGCUUGGAGAAGCGUCCUGAGUUGCCAUGGAAACGAGGCCCAGCAACGGUCUUAGCAGCCGAAGGGAGUCGUGUGACACUCACCCGCAGGGAUUACUGGUGUUCACCGGCUCUUCGGAUCACGAUGCCAACUUGGCCAAGCAGUUCUGGAUCGGGGCGUCAAUGUAUCCCCCUAACGAAUCUCAGUUGGUGCUGUCCAGAGGUAGCAGUCAGCGUCUGCCGGUGGCGCGGCCCUCGAGGAGCAGUGCACUUGAGAAAAGUUACUUCCAGCCUUUUUUCCUUGAGAAAAGCAAGAGAAGAGAUGUCACUGCUGAAACCCUAAAGAUUCAGGAAUCUGAGGAGAAAAAAAAGUAUCUCCAAAAGGCUAAAAAGAGAGAUGAUAUUAUCCAACUCUUAAGAAAACAAAGAGAAGAAAGGAUCUCGAAAGAACUGGUUUCCCUUCCUUAUAAACCAAAAGCCAAAGUACACAAAGCAAAGUUGGCCUCCCUCCUCUGUCCUGAAGCCUUGAAUUCCAUUCCAUUUCGCUGUGACAUCUUCUUCCCCUGAGCUUCUUACACAGCUACUGUCUGCACCAUUCUUUUGGCAGAAAGUGAUUUCAGAGUCAGAUAAAGAAGACCAAGAAGAAGUCAAAGCCUUGGACUAAUUUGAUUGACACAUGGGAGAGGAUGGCUCACUUAGAUCUUCACUUUUGAAACAACCUGCUCUUACAUCAGGAUCAUUGGAAUCAGUUAAAUUAGACAAAGAAAUAAAAGUUAAAUAUGCAACA